UGAGACCUUCGUGAACGAUUCCAGUUAUCUAGGGAUCUGUCUCUCGUAAUACAUAUCAAUUUCCCAAAUUCACUGGUCGCCAUCGGGAUCGAGUCACGAUUCAGAAAGUGCGAGAGGUGUCUGAGUGGUUCUCUAGAAGCAUCAGGUCGGAAACAGACACGUAUUUCCUAUUGCCGGCAUGUCGGCUUUGCGAUGCUCCCUUCAUCACACGAAAAAUCUCCUGAUUGUUUCCCAUAGGGGUCGGCAUCUGCACAAGCUCAGGAUCUCAGCGGCUGUGCAAGCGCGGUCGUUCUCCGUCGGUCCUUGUCACAAACGGGAACACACCGAGGAUGAAAUCCCAAAUUUUUUAGAUUUCAAAGCUCAGAGGGGCAGCGAUGGAUAUCACAAAAGUCGAACCACGAGCAUCGGAGGCUCGAAUUCCGGCUCCGCGUCAACCUCCACCGGUAACACGACUAUCGGAUCCACGACGGCCGGAGGGGAUAACGGGGGAUUCUGCUGCCCGAAAUGCGGCAGUCCCUGCACCCACGUCGAAACGUUUGUCUCCUCGACUCGAUUCGUAAAAUGUGAGAAGUGUCAUCAUUUCUUCGUGGUACUUUCUGAAAGUGAAAACAAAAAAUUCGCGAGAGAUGCCGCACAAGCCAAGGCUGCCGGUGCGCCAGCGGCACAGAAGGCUCCACCCCCUCCGAAGAAAAUCUACGAAUACCUCGACCGACAUGUCAUUGGACAACACGAAGCGAAAAAAGUUCUCUCCGUGGGGGUUUAUAAUCAUUAUAAACGCAUUUUCAACAACAUCAGCAAAACCCAAACUCCUCCCGCGGAGAACUUGGCCGCACAAUCGCUCGAAUACGCGCCGACAAAUCAGCUGUUGACGUCAAGAGACUUCAUAAAUUCCGGCACGCCGUAUGGGUCGAAUACGGGCUCUGCCUUCAGCCAACCUACCCAUGAAGCCGAUCAACAAAAGACGUCCCAAGGUGGCCAGGCGCGUGGGACCGAAAUUCUGGAGAAUACCUGCCAGGAAAUCCGACUCGAAAAGUCCAACGUUCUCCUGUUAGGCCCGACCGGCUCCGGCAAAACGCUGCUCGCUCAGACGAUCGCCCGUUGCCUUGAUGUUCCGUUCGCUAUUUGUGACUGCACGACGCUCACCCAAGCGGGGUAUGUCGGGGAAGACAUCGAAAGUGUCAUAGCGAAACUGCUGCAAGAUGCGAAUUUCAACGUGGAAAAAGCUCAGCAAGGUAUCGUCUUUCUCGAUGAGGUCGACAAAAUCGGAGCGGUACCCGGUAUCCAUCAGCUGCGAGAUGUAGGUGGCGAAGGAGUCCAGCAAGGAAUGCUGAAAAUGCUCGAAGGAACGCUUGUUAACGUUCCGGAGAGGAAUUCGCGGAAACUCCGGGGUGAAAGUCUCACUGUCGACACUACGAACAUUUUAUUCAUCGCGUCAGGAGCUUUCAACGGUUUAGAUCGGCUCGUCAGCAGGCGGAAAACGAAUAAGUAUCUCGGAUUCGGCGCUCCUGUUUUCGAAUCUCGGGGUCGACGCGCGGCGGCUUCGGAAGAUCAGGCCAACAGUGCGGCACAUGAGUCAGCGAUCGAUGAGAAUAUAGAGAAAGACAUCAUGUUGAAGAGUGUCGAAGCUCGCGAUCUCAUUGAGUUCGGCAUGAUACCGGAAUUCGUUGGGCGUUUCCCUGUCCUCGUGCCGUUCCAUUCGCUGUCCGAGGACAUGCUGAUCCAGAUCCUCACGGAGCCUCAGAACGCUCUUCUGCCCCAGUUCCAGAUGUUAUUCAGCAUGGAUAAGUGCGAGCUGACGUUCGACGACGCGGCUCUACGGAGUAUUGCCCACAUGGCUAUGGAGCGGAAAACCGGAGCCCGAGGCCUUCGUGCAAUCAUGGAGAAAAUUCUCCUGGAGCCGAUGUUCGAAAUUCCCGGCAGCGACGUCACAGGCGUCCACAUCUCCAAAGAAGCAGCUGAAGGCACAGCGGCGGCAACCUACGUGAGGGAAGCGAACAACAAAGAAGACGCCGAGGAGUCGACCGAAGGCGCGAGAGCGUUCAACUCUUGAAUCGUUCUCAGAGAUCAGAGCUGUCCUCGCCAUCUCGUCUCUAAUGGCAAUGGAUUGUAAAUGCUGACGUCAGAAGAGACCAAUCUUGACCUUAGGAACGACAACCCUAGAGAAGUCCACGGAGCUGUCGAAACGAUUGAUAUUUUUUGAUUUAUGACAUCGAUGCAGCAGAUGGUGGCCGAAUCGAGAUCGCGGAUUGGAAACGGAUUAGGGAAUCGUUUGGACCAAUUGUCCGGCAGCGAUCAGUCGAAAAAUUCAAUUUAGGGUCCUUGGGGCUUGGCGCCGGUCGGGGCCAUACGGGAAGUGAGCGCCCGAACCCGGGCUUCCCCCGAGAAGAAGACUGAUCAGGCCACCCUUCGGGACGUAGAAACUGGAACUAGGCACUUUCCUCGGGAUGUCGAGGCUCGGUUGCCAGACAGAAUUCACCCAAAAAAGAAGGAAGGAGUUGUGUUUAUGUCGCUAAGUCAGAACUGAACAAGAAUCGUAUUGUACAUAGAGAUCCAAACAGAAUUCUUGAGGGUCUUGCUCUAGCGAUGUUAUCAUCGACUCGCUCGCCGUGUUUCCGAAUGUUCAAUCCAAAUCGUUUCCUCGAGAGGGGCUCUCAAAUUAUUCGGUUUUCCAUCUGCAGCCCGACGCCUGGGUUCGGAUCAUUCUUCCGACACUCGUUCGAUGUUGAGUUGAAGUCUGUAAAUAAAAGGUUAAUUGAGUAACU